CCGGGGCGGGCCGGGGCGGGUCCCGGUGACCCGGCGGCAGGUGUCGCUGCCGGCGCUAUAAGAGCGGCCGCGGGCGCCCGCCUGCCCCUGUCCCGACCCGCCGCGCCGCGGUCCGCUGCCCGCCCCUCCCGCACCCGCAGCAUCGGGAGCCCUGAGGACCAUGGUCGCCACCAGCGGAGCCAGCAGCAAGGCCCCGGCAACGGCCACCGGCUUCCACCCAGACACCGACCUCGACGGCUGGGCCUGCGAGGCUCCCGAGCUCGGCGAGGUGCUCUUCCAGGAGGCCACGUGCCGGGGCCUGGCGCGGCUGCUGGAGAACUGCCUGGCCACGUCCAAGCAGAGCCGGCUGGGCUGCUCCCGGGUGCUGGUGCCAGAGACGCUGACGCAGAGGGUCGCGCAGGACGUGCUGCGGCUGGCGGCCGGCGAGCCCUGCGGCCUGCGGGGCUGCGUCCUGCACGUCGGCCUGGAGUCGGGGGACGGCUGCCGGGCGCUGGGCCGCAUCGUGUGCGACGCCAGCGUGGUGCCCACCUUCGAGCUCACGCUGGCCCUCAAGCAGGAGAGCUGCUCCUGGGCCAGCCUCAGGGCCCUCUUCAGCCGCGGCCGCGCCCCCGGGCUCGGGCGGACCCUGGUCCUCAGCUCCGGCUUCCGGCUGGUCAAGAAGAAGCUUUACUCCCUGAUUGAGGCCACGGUCAUCGAGGAGUGCUGAGAGGGACGCACCGUGAAGGACUCGGUGCCGGGGCUCGAGGGCCCGGCCAGCAGACGGUGGCCGUGCUGGCCUGCACCCAUUCUCCAGGUGGCCUCGCUCCUGGGGGGAGCUACCAGAGGAGCCUCACGGGGCUCCCCCGUGCCUUGUCUGUGCGGCGUUGGCUUGGGUGCGUUAGUGAUCCCUUCAGCUGCAGCGUCUUCCCUGGGCGCCUGCCAGGCUCCGGCCCCUGCCUGGAGUUGCAGGGCUUUACCAGAGAGCACCCCAAAGGAGUCCCCCUGCCCUGUGCAAAGCCGCCCGCCCGCCCUCCGCGCCCAGGAGCCAGCAGGGAGCGUCACGGAGCGGCCGUGAGAGCCGCUUCCCAGUCCCUGCGGUAUGUCUGUGAACUGACUCACGCGACGCUGUAAGCCCCAGUUUUCCGCUUUUACGCACUGGACGUUCUUUCGAAACUAGAAAACUGAGGAAACUGAAGGGAUUCUUCAGUCCUUGUGGACGCUCCCUCCCUGAGUCAGAGCGGAAAGCGCGACCUCCCGGCCGGCCCCUCCUCACCGGCCGCCUCUCGCGGCUACUCACGGAAUCCCACAAACCCCCCGACAGCUGCGUUACCUCAGCCCGCCUCUCCGGGGCUGAAGCUUCUCUCCUGGCCAGGGCCUGCCAAGGCUCCCUGCCACUGUCCACCCUGAGACAGGCCCCCGGCCCAAGUGCGCUGGGCAGAGGAGUCGCUCCGGGCGCGGGCCGGAGACUCGGGGCUGGGCCCCAGAGCUGCCCCGUCUGCCUGAGGGGCAGCACAGCCCCCCCACCUUGGUCUUUCCAGCCCUGAGGCCGCGCGAGCAUCCCUCCCGCCCUGAGCCCAGGCUCGGGCAGGCCACGUCCUCCUGGGCCCUCUGAGGCCGGGUGCUCCCGGGGCUGACCCCUGGUCUGGCAGGGAACCCUUCCAGUCAGCAAGUAUCCAGACACCCCCGGCUCUGCCGCGGCUCGGAAAAUUCCACCAAGCUCCUCCUCCCGGGACAGAGCGCAGAGGCGGCUCCGGGCGAAGUCAGAGGGCCGAGGGCGCGGCACAGACGGACAGGCUUCCCCCACGGACCACGCGUUCACGCGGCCUUAGCCGCUCACAGCCAGUGGCCCGUGGGGACUCUGGUGUAUACUCCUGUUGAGGAAAAUGAAGGGCUUGU